GGGAAGGCAAGGGGGUGAGUAGGAGGAAUGGCUUUGUUCCCAGAUGAGAGCGGAGUUUGGUAAAGCUUGGGCUGAGCUGCUGUGAGUUGAGUGGCUUAUCGACGCUCAAGCCUGCUAUACCCCGCCAUCAUCACUCCCCCAAACAGGUCAGACACUCGUUGACCGCCCUUCAAGCAGCCCUUGAGAUUGAUAUAUCUAGAACCUGCUCUCUAGCACAAAGAGCACAAACCCUCCCAUAUAUUUCUAGAUCCCCCUUGCCCUCGUCUAACUCUCUAACUCAGUUCCUCCACCUAUUACACCAUCAUGUCGGCCCCGUCCCUACCGCCCAACGUCCAUGUCUCAAGCCACCCAUGCUUGUUGGCGAAGCUCAGCCAGCUUCGGUCCAAGAACACUAGCCCAAGAGAUGUGAAGACACUGGUGCACGAGAUCUCCAUGAUACUAGGCUGCGAAGCCCUUGCCCAGACCAUCACAGCCUCGCCAGGUCCCCAGGACCAGACACCCCUCGGCUUCGAAUAUACCACGACCGAGGUGGGGCCGGAGACCAUCUCUCUCGUACCCAUCCUCCGGUCCGGCCUAGGCAUGGUAGAAGCAAUCCAAACCCUCCUCCCCGCCCCCGUCCCAGUGCACCACCUUGGCCUCUUCCGCGAGCCCACGACCCUCCAACCAGUAGAGUACUACAACAACCUGCCCAACCACCCGACGACCUCCCCGGACGCCCCCCAGCCGACCAGCCUGGCCGUGAUCCUCGACCCCGUCAUUGCCACGGGCGGCACCAGCGCCGCCGCGAUCCAGACCCUGCGCGAGUGGGGCGCCGCCCGCGUCCUCGUGCUGUCCGUCGUCGGCGCCAGGGAGGGCGUCGAGCGCGCCGCCGCAGAGUGGCCCGCGGGGGUCGAGCUCUGGCUCGCGGGCGUGGACCAGGAGCUGACGGACCGUGGGAUGCUGAAGCCCGGGCUGGGGGAUGUUGGGGAUCGGUUGUUCUUGACCAUUGGGAAGUGAGGGGGGGAGGUUGAUGAGAGGGAGUUGUUGCUCCUGGGGCAUUUCGGACGGGCUGCUGGUUGGUUGGAUGGCACGGUGAGAUUGUGGGGUGCAUGCAUAUCAAGGGGUUGUGGUUCCUAGGCAGUGGUUUCGGGGUAGGUGGCAGGCGUUAAAUGGAGUCUACGUUGAUCUAAGAGACACAGAGAGAGACAGGGCCAGGGCCUGCUGUU